CAUGGAGGAGCUGAGCGCCGUGGGAGAGCAGGUCUUUGAUGCGGAAUGCAUUUUAAACAAGCGGCUGAAAAAGGUCAGAGCUGCGAAACAUUACGAACUUUAAUGCGCGUGCUUCUUCUCGCGCGCUGUUUACAAACGAUUCUUCCGCUCUUGGUUUGUUUCUUGCAGGGAAAGUUGGAGUUUCUCGUGAAGUGGAGGGGAUGGUCAUCCAAACACAAUAGCUGGGAGCCGCAAGAAAACAUCCUGGACCCAAGACUGUUGGCUGCAUUCAACAAGAAAGAGCAAGAGAAGGAGCUUCUGCUGCUUAAGAAAGGGAAAAGGCCGAGAGGACGACCACGGAAAAUUUUAGAAAAUGUUCCUGAAGCAACAAAGUCCAGCAGCUCUUCCUCCGGCUCCUCGACAUCGUCCUCCUCCGACUCCUCCUCGUGCUCCUCCUCUUCGUCCUCUUCAGAGGAUGACGACGACAGCAGCCACGUCAAACAGGCAAACCCGAGUGUCCGAACACGAGACCUUCACCCUGUCCCGCAGAAGAAAGCUCAGAUCGUCGUCGCAAAGCAGGAGCCCCCGAAGAAGAGAAGCAGGAAACCCCCGUCCCCUGAAGUGAAGGAGCUCCAACAGAAGGGUCCUCGCAAAACGCCCAAAACGCCCAAAGAUGCAGAUGUUCCAGGAGCGAUCAAGAAGCCCGUUCACCCGGCGAGCUUCACCUUCAUGGGUUUUCACCGGGGCUCGCCGAGGGAUCUGAGCGGUCAGAACAGGAGCUCUGUGACUCCGGGCGCGGUUGUUAAACACUCCAUAAGCUCCGCAGGAUCUGGCAGGUCAGUGCAACCUGCCUCCCUCUCCCUGAACAAAUCCAGCCAGAGCAGGAAUGUCACGGAGGGCAAACUGUCCAUCUCCAGCAUGACCAGCGGGACAAGUCUGGAUUUGAAAGCAGCUGCUAGUAAAUCAAAAGGAGUAGCAGCGUUGAAUUUGAAUACAUCCAAACACCUCAUUCAAGGAACCACUCAGCAUACACUAAGCUCCCCCAAUGGACAAAGGAAAGCCCAGGCCCCUGUGUCAACACUGCAGCGGAUACCCAAUACUAAAGCAGUGGCUGCCUUACCUUCUAAAAACGCCUCCUCCAAUCAAGGUUCUGGCCCGCAGCCGCUCAACCUUCGGAACAAACCGGUGCAAAGCAAAGAUGCUCCCGGAAACUGCACAGCUCCAGCGUCGGGCCUGAGAAGCCCAACAAACCCCGCGAGGAAGACUAGCGUCUCGCAGAAUCAGGAGUAUAAUCCUCCCAAGAGUCCGGCGACCCCUGGAAGACUUCAGGCCAGAAAGAGCCAGGCUGGGGCGGAGAAGGUCAAGGAGGCGACUGACAUCCAGACCCCGAGAGUCCAAAGCAGGCUGGGGAAGAGCAGCGUGCAGAAGUCCUCCACCGAGGUCCAGAUCCAGCAAGAGAGAUCGGCCUCCAAAGACGGCAAGAAAGCCGAAAUGAGCACCGGGGAAGAGGAGAGCGGCUCGGACUCGGAUCAGGAUUCUUCCUACGUAGGACAGGAUGGCUCUGUAGCGGUCCAGAACCAGGACUGGAAGCCGACGCGUAGUCUGAUCGAACACGUGUUUGUAACGGAUGUCACCGCUAAUCUAGUUACCGUCACAGUCAAGGAGUCGCCGACCAGUGUGGGCUUCUUCAGCAUGCGCAACUACUGACGGGACUCCACACACUGCAAACCAGAUGGGCUUUGAAGCAGAUCGGGGGUUUCGGGUUCUGAAGGAAUUUAGAUAAAAACCUUUUGGCUGGAGAAUUCCUGAGGAAUGCAUCAGGGACCAGAGGUUAACGUUCUUCAUCUUCUUUUCUUUUUUAGUGAAAGACCAGUUUUUAGGUUUGGAAAGAAAAGAGAGCGAGAGAUCCGACUUCAGUUAUCGAUUGUUAUUAUUUAUUUGCUCAUGUCUACAAAAUUGUUCGAGGAAGGGCGACGCCCGCAGAGGUGCAAGGGGCUAGGUUUUGGGUUCAGUCGGUUCAAAACUGGGGAGAAAAAUAACUAAUCCAUCUUUAAAGUUGUAAAGAUGGAACUCCAAAGCCCCACGCGUGUGAAAUCUGACCAUUUAUUCAUGGUAGGCAUGAGCAAGAAGCCUCUUUCAUUUAGUUCAGUGUUGUGAAUCCAUAUCAAUCAAUAGCUAAUGUAAACCAGUUUUUAAUCUUAGUAUAGAGUUUAUUUUUUUAACAUUUCAUAAGUUAGCUACCUCCUUUAUUCCCCGACGUUUGCUGCAUAUGUAUAUGAAUUUCUCGUGGGAUAGGAAAACCUUUCCCUCCAGGGUAUACCAUAAUCGUGUGGAUAUAAUUGUUUUUAUAUAGCUCUAAAUGUAUUGGACUCUAAUGCUGUGUUUUAACUUGUGUUAGUACCAAGCAGCUUCACUUCUGUGUCACUUAAAGCCUCCGAGUCCGACGCAGUGUGGAACUAUUGUCACGGCGCAGCCAGUUUCUCAGGCCGCUUCUCCAGACGAGCUGAAGCAUGCGAGGAGUGAGAUACAGUAUCUCUUGUUCUCCCGCUGCCUCGGAUAAGACUCGGCCGGGGGUUUGCUCUUCUGCAGUUCUGUCCUUCGUUCACCGGCGACUCUAAUCUGCUCAGACUUGUAAUGAAUAUGGACGCAGAGCGGAGAAUAAGUGCUUGUGUUGACAUGGCGCGGUGAUCACGGACAGUACACCUGGCGAUGCUUCCCAGGAGCCUUUUGAGAGAGUGGGAACGGUUGGGUGUGGACCAUUAACCGCUCGCCAUUGUUUCCGUCGCUGACCACAAAACCCCAGAUGUCAUCGAGUCUGCUGCUGCUGGUGUUUUGAAAAACAAGAUUUGGUUGUUUUCUUCUUCCCCUCGCAGCUGCAGGCGUCUCAUUUCACUCAGGAGCUGCAGGCUCGGCCUCUCCCAAAAAAAAAGGUCUUUAUCUGAUGUAACGGAAAAGAAACCACAACAAUGUGCGCUACUUUCUGCUCCCUCGAGAGGAGUUCAGCAACAAAGCACUUCGACUGAACUCUUCCGUCUAAUCCUGCUCCGCAGACUGUGCCUUUCUUUCUCUUAAAGACUCAACACAAAGGCAUUACCCCAAAGAUAGCUAGAGUUUCAGGUUCAGUAGAAGGAGUAGCCUCAGAGCACGGAGACGGAGAGGAACAUUUAUCUAAAAAUAUAUAGAAACAGACAUUCGAUGCCUUAUUGAAACAAUAGAUUCAAGUUUCCAUUCAGGACAAAAACAGAAGUGAAUUUGUAGUGCUUAGCAUUUACUGUCGACGUAGCUCCAGUUUAUAUAUUCCUGUCAAUCAAAGAGCGGCAUCAGGCAGUUAUUUAUCACGAGCAUGUGAUGGGGCUGCGGGGGCGACGCACACGUGUUUGUAUGAAAGUGUUUUUUAUUCUAUCUGCUUUUUCCUAAUUCAUGAACAAAACAAAAUGUUUCCAGUUGUGUUUUUUUAAUUUAAGUUUUAGAUCUACUAACAUCUCAAAGGAACGUCUUUACAAUCUAUUUAUUUCAGAUCGAGGUAGGGCGGUGUCAUCGAUCCUCGGAUUGUGCCACCUGUCAAAUUCACUAAUAAAAUGGUGCAACCUCACG